UCAUAAACAGUGUAAACUUAUUAGCUUGGGGGAAGGGGAGAUGCAUGGGAAAAAAUCAGAUAGCUAGUCAAAUUUGGCCCAUGGUUUGCCCAUCCCAGCUCUAGAGAUUUCCAGGUAAGAGCAGAUGGGCCAGGAGUGGCUUUGUAGGGCUUUGUUCAGUGAAAGCCUCUCUAUCCAUCGCUGCAAGUAUCUGAAUUUUCAGACACCUUUCACAUUUCAAUCUCAGCUGAGAGAAAUUAGAGGGAAAAGAUAUCUCAGGCAAAGACAGAAAAGAAACUUAUUUAACUACUGGUUAUUGAUUUAUUGCUUAUAACUUUAUAAAUUAAUUUACAAAUAACUUUCUGAGCUCUUAACGUGUGUAGGCACUGUCCUAGGCCUGUUAUACAAACUGUGGAGAACUGAGUUAUCCGCAUAUGCAGAGGCAGAUACUGAGGACGGUUGGGGUUGGAUGACAGCGCAGAUCCCACAGCUAGCGUGGCACAGGCAGGUACGAAGCCCUGGAGUCUUUUGAUGGUAGCUGAGCCGCAUCCAGACACCCACCCGUGUCCGCCCGCACUCCGUAUUGGCUGAGAAUCACUCUCUGAAUCCAAAGGCGCCGGUUUAGUCAAUUACGAGCCAGUGGUCCUCGAGUAUCCCCACCUGUGAGAUGGGGGCGCCCUGCCCUAGUGCUGGAGCCUCGCGACCCCCUGGAGGGCGGGGUACGGGAGCUCUGGCGCGAGUCUUCCGGCUGCCCCCGGGAGGGAGGAAAUGAGCCGGCGGCAGGGGCGGGUUUUCGGCGGGGCCAACCCUCGGACGGGCUAGCUCGGUGUCCCGCGGGGCGAGCGCAGCCAUGGCGCUCCUGCUCUCGGUGCUGCGCGUGCUGCUGGGAGGCUUCUUCGCGCUCGUGGGGGCGGCCAAGCUCUCGGAGCAGAUCUCGGCUUCAGUUUCGGAGCGGAUGAAAGCCCUGUUCGUGCAGUUUGCUGAGGUGUUCCCGCUGAAGGUGUUUGGCUACCAGCCAGAUCCCCUGAGCUACCAAACAGCUGUGGGCUUCCUGGAACUGCUGGCUGGGCUGCUGCUGGUCACAGGCCCACCGAUGCUGCAAGAGAUCAGUAACUUGUUCUUGAUUCUGCUCAUGAUGGGGGCCAUCUUCACCUUGGCAGCUCUAAAAGAGUCACUAAGCACCUGCAUCCCAGCCAUCAUCUGCCUGCUGUUCCUGCUGCUGCUGGAUGUCGGCCAGCUCUUAGCCCAAACUAAGAAGGUGGUCAGACCCACUAGGAAGAAGACUCUAAGUACAUUUGAGGAAUCCUGGAAGUAGAGCAUCUCUGCCUCUUUAUGCCAUGCAGCUGUCACAGCAGGAACAUGGUAGAACACAGAGUCUAUCAUCUUGUUGCCAGUGUAAUAUCCAGGGUCAGCCAGUGCUGAAAGAGACAUCUUGUCUACCUGGCCCUGCUUUCUCUUUUUAGCUUUACUAUUUUGUGAGGAGUACAUGUUAUAUAUACUAACAUUCCUCAUGUCAUAUGAAAAUACAAAAUAAGCAAAAAAGAAAUUUAAAUCAGCCAAAAUUCUGAUGCCCCAAAUAACCACUUUUAAUGCCUUGGUGUAACUAUACCUCUGAACUUUUUUCUGUGCCUUUAAACAGAUAUAUAUAUUUUUUUAAUGAAAAUGAAACCAUAUAUCCUACUUUAUUCCCUCCUUUUAAAACCUAAUAUACUAUAAGACCAUUUCAUGUCUCUUUUGCCUCAUUGUUAAUGGCUGCAUAGUACUCCAUUGUAAGGAGUACUGUAUUUACUCAAUCCCCCGCCAUGAGGAACAUUUGGGUUAUUCUCAAUUUUUUGCUAUAAUAAGCCUCACAGUAAAUUGCCUUUGCAUACUUAUUUUCUUCCCCUAGACGUGAAGGUGCUGGUUAAAAAAAUGUAGGUUUUUUGAACCUACUUGCAUAUUUUUAAGGGUUUUAAUGCAUAUUUAAGAUGUACAAGUUCUGUAUGGCAGAGCAUAAGUAUUUGCUUCUGCCUGUGCCCUUUGAGCCACAUUAGAGAUUCCCUCCCACUCCUUUUUUUCUCUGACACAUUAGAUUUGCAGAACUAACAGGCAGGCAUUGAGUCAUUCUAUAGAACCUGAAAUCAAACUCUGGUGGCGACCUGUGGCACCCAGUCCAGUGCUCCUUGACACCUACGUGGAAGCGGGGGACAGCCAACUCCAUGAAAUGCGAAUGGUACAGCAGGGCCCAAAGCCUGGGAGGAAUCCCAGAGGUCCUUGGGGGUAGGAAGGGUGCAUAUGUGUGACAUUUCUUGGGGAAAAAGUGGACAGUAUGUUAGGGCACCCGCCAUUAUGCUGCCCUCGUUGUCUUAGCUUGGCAGGGCUGUGGGCUUUUGGGAAGUGAUGUACCUCCCAUAAGGGAACAUAGUGAGAAACAGCUCACUUAUUUAUGCAAAUAUUCUAGCUAUCAGCCUACAAAUUGCUUUGAGGGUGUGAACAAUGGCUUUUGGGAGGCCACAGGAGUGAAAGAAGUCUCUGUUACUCCAUUUCAUGUUCACUACAAAAUGCUAAUUCCCAUUCUGACUAGUGUGAACCUCAGGCAAGGUGACACUCGCAGUUGGAUUUUUUUUUUCUUGUGUCUGAAAGCACAGUGGUGCAGUCUGCCUAUAGUAAGGAUAGAUUACACAUAAAUAAAUGAUAGUGUCAAA